AUGGCGGCGCUGCAGGAGAAGAAGUCAUGCAGCCAGAGGAUGGAGGAGUUCCAGCACUACUGCUGGAAUCCGGACACGGGCCAGAUGCUGGGCCGGACGCUGUCCCGCUGGGUGUGGAUCAGCCUCUACUACGUGGCCUUCUACGUGGUCAUGACCGGCAUCUUCGCCCUGUGCAUCUACGUGCUGAUGUGCACGAUCGACCCGUACACUCCCGACUACCAGGACCAGCUCAAGUCACCAGGGGUGACCUUGAGGCCAGAUGUCUACGGGGAGAAAGGCCUGGACAUUUCCUACAACGUGUCUGACAACAGGAUGACAGAACUAACGCAGGCCCUGCACCACUUCCUGGCAGGCUACUCACCCGCGGCCCAGGAGGACAACAUCAACUGCACAUCCGAGAGGUACUUCUUCCAGGAGAGAUUCCUGGCCCCGAACCACACCAAGUUCUCCUGCAAGUUCACAGCAGACAUGCUGCAAAACUGCUCGGGCCGGCCGGACCCCACCUUUGGUUUUGAGGAAGGAAAGCCGUGUUUCAUUAUCAAGAUGAACAGGAUCGUCAAGUUUCUCCCCGGCAACAGCACAGCCCCCAGGGUGGACUGCACAUUCCUGGACCAGCACCGGGAUGCCCCGGCCCUGCAGGUGGAGUACUUCCCACCCAGCGGCGUCUACAGCCUGCACUACUUCCCCUACUACGGGAAGAAGGCCCAGCCCCACUACAGCAACCCGCUGGUGGCCGCGAAGCUUCUCAACGUCCCCAGGAACAGGGAGGUUGUCAUCGUGUGCAAGAUCCUGGCGGAGCACGUGACCUUCGACAACCCCCAUGACCCCUAUGAGGGGAAGGUGGAGUUCAAGCUGAAAAUCCAGAAGUAG